CGCCUCUGCCUCACGCAGGUGAUGAAUUGGCAGAUGGAUAUGUCUCCAGGGUGAAGCAUCUAGUGGUACUAUCUGCAUGGGGUGAGCAGUAUCAGGUGUUGCUGGGAAUAUAUUAGGAAAUUGUAGUUGAGAAAGGUCUAGACACGGCUGAUCUAUGCUUCAAGUGUAAUUUAUUGACCUUUGGCAGUGCUCCCCUUAUCAGAAUACAGUCACUCAACUCAACCUAAAUUAAAAUGGUUUCUUUGAGGAUCGAUUCCCUAUUGUCCGCCUUUAAUGGAGGAUACAGCGCUAACGCGAAAAACACACAAUCGUCUACAAAGACUAUACACACAUCCUCCGGGGCCAAGCGGGAUGUCUACAAACAAAGAAAUAUAUCACGUAUAGAUGCUCAGUAUACCAGUGCUCCAGCCCUAGCACAAAGUGAUGAGACGAAUCUUGCAGGAUGUCGAGAUACCGACAAAAAUCGCUACAGCAAUCAAAGCACGACAGUCGCUAUAAGUCCGUCGCCUGUUCGCCGACCCAGUGCCCGCUCCUGUGCCAGCUUAGAACACCUGCCCUCAUACAAGGCAAAUGGAACCGGUGCAUCUGAAAACAGGGCCAAAAUUUACGGUGUGGUAGCUGGAGGGGCAAAUGAGUGUAUAGCUAUCGAUGUGGACAAUAAGCCAGCACUUGUGGCUGAACUGGAGGCUGUGAACAAUGCAAAGCGGGACGAAAGUGGGCACAAGUUGUCUCAUUUAUCCAACUCUCCUGGUCCGGGGUAUAUGAAGUCCCCCAAACCAGGCCAGGGCAGGAACAAGAAGACAGCGAAUCAGUCUCGUACUCCGAACCAAGGCAAAGCCAAGAAUCGACCGCCCCCGAUUCCAAAGAAAAGGCCACUACACCUAAUUAACAAGGAACUUGGAGGUGAUGUUGAAGUACAACCCCUCAAAGGCGAAGCUGUAAGAGGUGUACAUGACAAUGACACAACCGCGACGACACAGCGAGACUACACACAGGCAAGCCAACAGGUCAAUCCAGAGGGCACGUGUGCAAAACAGCCUCAGGAUGCUGUGGCUCAGGCACCUAAUCAGAAUCUCGGAUCAGGAAACCACGGCAACCAGGCCACGCGAACUUGUGACGAUGUCGAGGGGGAGUGUGAUUCGGAUGAGUGGGUGGUGGUGGAUCAGGGCAAUCCCACUGACCACUCGAUACCAAGCACUGCGUCUAGUAACAAGGACAGCACCGUUUCUAAUAACAAGGAUAACACUACUUCUAGAAACAAGGAUAGCGGGCCAUGGAGACAAGACAUGCACACGGUACCAGUCGUGGGGGGUGACGACCCAGAUACGCUGCAACUGGGGCGAGACUCCAGUGCACGUCUACCCAGUAAGACCACGCACGCGGCCUCAGUACUGAAAGGCGCGGAGUCACAACCUGGCCCCAGAAGUUGUGUGAACGUAUCAACGAGUUCACACUCCCACUCGUACACGUCGAGUAGUCCGUGCCCCUCUGCUGGGCCUGUGGCUCAACUGACUAUGCGAGAGACCAAGCGCUGUAUCAGCGAGCGUCGACGGGGUAUGCGGUUCAGCCUGUUGUUGGAGGGGUCUGAUGGUGCGUGUAGAGGGAUCGAGCAAGUACAGGCAGCCGCCCUCGAAACGCUCGAAACGCCCUCGGGUGUCUGUGAGAGGGUGGGGCAGGAUGUACGGACGUCUAGUGGGGUCGCCGAUGGCGGUAGGUAUAGUGGGGUAGUACCUGCUAAGAACGGUCGGACCAACACAACUGGGGAUGUGGGUUUGGAUUCUGCAGCCCAACAGGGUGCAGUCAAUAACUGUGCGACCAAGGCGAUCAAGAGAGAGGAGCUGGUGACUGUGCGUAGUCAUGACAACCAAUGUGCACCACCUGUCCUAGUUAGCGAUGCGAGUGUAUCCGAUACUACCGCAUGCAGGACCUCUUACAGUGAAGCCAGGGUCAAAAACCAGGCUCAGUCAGUGGGUGCCUCUAAGCGACCCGCAGAUUCAGGUCCGGGUGUGACCGGGCAAUUGGGGAGAAUCAAAGGGGCCAGCAACCGGGUCAAUCUAAUUAGUGUGCAUGCGGCUCCUGUGCGAGACGCAGGCUCUCUGACCGCAACAAGAGUGGUGUCGUAUACAAAUGCGACAAAUACGACAAGGCGAAGGCCCCCUCCACCGCCGCCCAGGCGCUUGGCGAACCGCAAUGGCAGUGUGCAGAAGCUCAUGUGCAAGUUUGAACCUCCAACCCAGUCUACCACGGUGACAGACAGUGAGGCGAGCCAAGACCAGCCCAACCCCAACCCUAAACCCAAGCCCCAUCCACAACCCGGGCAGAGAAUACAUACGAAUGAGCCGACAUACGGAGACGGGGCGAGUGGUACGAAUACAGCGAGCAGACAAGCACUGGGUGAAUCAGGGGUGUCUGACGGAAAGAAACGGGCAGAGGCACCCGGCAGUGGCACACUACCACCGCCGCUGUACCCGAGCCUGUCCCCGGAAGUAAAAAGGGCCGAAGGUACCGAACUGCCCCACACAGCCCCAUCGGAGGCCCAAGCGUCAGUAUGGGUGCCCGUAUCGGCGGUACAAAUCAGGGAGAGCACCCGGGCUGAGGGUGGAGGAAGGAGAGUGGGUGGGAAACAGGGUACGCCGCUAGCACUAGCCCCACCACGCUAUAGUGCCGCUAUGACAACAGACGUGCACGCGGAAUCCAGCGAUCUCAUUGGCGUACAGCACACAGAUAGAGCCAUUCCCGUCGUCCAGAGGCCUGCUGCAAGGAUUGUAGCACCGAACACAGGCACAGACACGUCUACGCACACAGUAGGUGCGGCAGGGAGUGGGGCGAAGCUGACUCAAGCGGAGAGUACAACGAGAGCGUUUGCGAGUGAGAAUACGACCAUGUCGGAUGGGACUGUGCACUCAGCUGGGCGAAAUGUAGACCCCCCAGCACGUACUAUAGGCAGUGGGGGAGAUCUGUGGCAGAGAUUCCAAGCACAACAGCAAGAGGAAGAACAGCAAAGGUUGAUAGACGCCCAC